UUCCUACUUCAUCAACUCAUAUUAUUCCACAAAAUUCCAUCCUCAUGGAGUCGUCUUCCUAUGAGCUGAAUGCCUCCGUAUCAUCGUUGGAAUUUCUCAGUUUAUUCCUCUUUCGUCCCCUUCUUGCUAUCGUCUUCGUCUUCUCCUUACUUAUAUUAGGUUGGUUUUUAGCUUGGAAAUUAGUGCUGGUUCAUGUUCCUUUGGUACAAGAAAUCUUUGGUUUGCGGAAGAAAACCGUCAAGCCGAAACCUGAAAAUCGGGGUCGGUUCACUCAAAUUUACAACAACAUGGACUCACAAUCUUCUGCUUCCCAGUGAUACCUCUUGAGCUUGCAUAUAUCAUUUUUGGGGCUUUUUGUGAUUUAGUUUGACUUUAGACUGUAUAGGUAAGCCGUAAGCGUGAUGGUGUCCACUGUCCAGGAUUAGAAGCUGAAGUUUCUUGUGCUUUGGGGAGCAUCAGGUGCCUAUCUCUGUAAUCAGCACAUUUAUCUUUAGCUGAUCCUGUUUUACACUUAAAAGCUCCUCAUUUUUCCACAUGUAUAGUUCUGUUUCAUUAGUGUGUAUAACAUAUGGGUUAGUGAUUCCAAGGCCAAAAUAUUUGCAAUGAAUUAGAUAAUAAAGCAGAAGAUUAUGUAAGCAUUUGGAGAGAAAAGUGUCCUCCAUUAUUUCUUUAUUUAUUUUUACUUUUUGUUAAGUUGACAUGUUACAAUUGUAAUUAUAUUGUGGUUUCAGUGUAAGUGGUUGAUGAUUUUUCAAAAGCUAUGCAAAUCGUCUGGAAACCUUA